AUGCCUGUGCGCCUCCCAUUACCCUUCAGAUGUCUGCCCCGCUCGCUCCUCUCCCAGCCACUGACCCCGCCUCCCGCCUGUCCGCGCAGAGGCGAGGUCCGACCAUUAUUCCAGCGGGUUCUCGGUCCCCGGCGCACAGGUCACCAAACCCCAGGCGGCAGCAGCCCGGGCGGAAGGAAGUGCCUCCGGGAAAGUGUGGGCAGCCCUCGGCCAAGUUUAGCCACCGGGCCCAAACCUGCAGCACCCGGCGGCGAAGCCACUGCCCGGCGGAGUUGGCGAAAGUCGCCCUUUCCCGGCUCCCUCUGCGCCCGCCCGGACGGCAGCUCGCCGAGGCCAAACUUAGUGCGCCCCGAAGCGGCGCGCGCUCCCCUACCUCGCGCCGGAAGGGGGCCCGGGUCCUGCAGCACCUGCGGGAUGGAGCGGGAGCCCGGCGACGGCAGCCUCUUCUUCCGCGGCCUCCAGAACCGCUCCCGCGAGAAGGUGAAGCUGCGGAAGAGAAAGUCGGCCUUGUACCUCAGCCCCCAGGAGAGCGCCCGGCGCCGCGGUGAGUGCGGGGGGAGGCCGGCCGGCGCGGGGAAGGGGGCGGGGGCGGAACCCGGCCUCGGAGCGAGGGCUCCGCCUGCUGGGGCGGGGGCAGGAAGUCCUGACCUAGUGCGCUCGCCGCGGGAUCCUGGACCCCGGUCCUGCGGGACGGAAGGCCGCCCUCCCCGCCGGGGGAGUGCGUGGGCAUGGCGAGGCCAGCCUGUUAGAGAGGGCACCGGCCCCCGCAGCCUCGAGGGGCUGGCUCCCGGAGUGCGACCAGGUCUUCUUGGUGAGAACAUUUAUCUGGUCUUGUUUACCAUAGCAUUACGAAUAUGUAACUGCUUUUUAGUCCAGACAAGUUUUGUUCCAGAUGAGUACUGGCAGUCUCUUGAAGUUGCACAUCAUAUGGUUUUCAAUUAUGGUUAUUUGACCUGGGAAUGGACAGAAAGAUUGAGGGGUUACACUUACCCCUUAAUCUUUGCAAGCAUGUACAAGAUUCUGCAUCUUUUGGGGAAUGAUAGUGUUCAGUUGCUGAUUUGGAUUCCUAGACUUGCCCAAGCACUUCUGUCUGCUAUAGCCGACUUGAGGCUUUACUCAUUAAUGAAGCAACUAGAAAAUCAGCAAGUAGCAAGAUGGGUGUUUUUUUGCCAGUUAUGCUCUUGGUUCACAUGGUAUUGCUGUACCAGAACUCUUACAAACACCAUGGAAACUGUUCUCACUGUAAUUGCUCUUUUCUACUACCCUUUGGAAGGUUCAAAGUCUAUGAACAGUGUCAAGUACUCAUCCCUGGUGGCACUUGCCUUCGUAAUUCGCCCCACAGCAGUCAUUCCAUGGAUACCUUUGCUCUUCAGACAUUUCUGGCAAGCACAGAGAAAGCUUGAUCUUAUUCUACAUCAGUUUUUACCUGUUGGAUUUGUCACUUUGAGUUGGUCUCUGAUAAUUGAUCGUAUAUUUUUUGGUCAAUGGACUCUGGUUCAAUAUAAUUUUUUGAAAUUUAACGUGCUGCAGAAUUUGGGGACAUUUUAUGGUUCUCAUCCAUGGCAUUGGUACUUCAGUCAAGGAUUUCCGGCUGUUUUGGGUACUCACCUACCCUUCUUUAUUCAUGGCUGCUUUCUAGCCCCAAAGAGGUACCGGAUACUUUUGGUGACUGUACUGUGGACACUUCUGGUUUAUAGCAUGUUGAGCCACAAAGAAUUCAGGUUUAUCUAUCCAGUUUUACCAUUCUGUAUGGUGUUCUGUGGGUAUUCACUAAACCACCUGAAAAUGUGGAAGAAACCAGCUCUAAGUUUCCUGAUUUUAUCAAAUAUGCUCCUUGCCCUCUAUACUGGUUUAGUUCAUCAAAGAGGUACUCUUGAUGUCAUGACUCAUAUUCAAGAACUCGGAUACAACAACAAUCUCAAUAAAUCUGCAGCUUCAGUAUUUGUAAUGAUGCCUUGCCACUCUACUCCUUUUUAUAGCCAUGUCCACCACCCACUUCCGAUGAGAUUUCUCCAAUGUCCCCCAGACCUAACUGGAAAAAGUCAGUAUCUUGAUGAAGCAGAUGUAUUUUAUCAAAAUCCGUUAAGCUGGUUGUAUAAAGAGUUUCACAACAAUUCAACAUUGCCUACUUACUUGAUCAUUUUCAACGUUUUGGAAGAGGAAAUCAGUGCUUUCCUAAUUUCAAGAAACUAUGAGAGAACUGCUACUUUCUUCCACACUCACUUGCCAGAGGGUCGAACCGGAAGUCACAUAUACAUCUAUGAACGGAAGUUAAAAGGGAAACUCUAUAGAAGAUGAAAUUCUGAACUGUUUUUAGAUCUUUCCCAGAGAAAAAGACACUGCUUGGUAAAAAUAUUCAGAUGCUGCUUAAAUACACUAGUAAACUCUGGGUAAGAUUCAUGGAACUAGCAAAACACCUCUGAACUGCUCUACCAAAUAUGACUACUGAGGAAAUGUACGAAAAUUAUCAUAAAAUAUAAAAUUGUAUAUUAAUACAAUGCCCAGAUUUUAAAUAAAGACCUUUAGUUUUCCUCA